AUGACACCGCCCUCAGGAGAGCUCAACUAUCUCAGAAAUGCGAGCUCAAACACUUGGAAAGCACUCAAAUCGGCAGAUCCUGAAGCCAUUUGGGUUUUCCAGGCGUGGCUAUUCGCGCAAAACACAACUUUCUGGACCAAUGACCGUAUUGAAGUGUACCCUGGUGGUAUCACUAUUGACAGUGACAUGCUCAUCUUGGACAUUUGGUUAGAGUCGAUGUCGCAGUGGCAGUGUGCUCAAUCAUAUUAUAGCAAGCCUUGGAUCUGGUGCGAACUACAAAACUACGGGGCCACCAUAAAUAUGUACGGCCAGAUCCAGAAUCUCACCAAGAGCCCUAUCCUGGCACUCCAAGAGUCACAAUCGCUAGUUGGGUUGGGCUUAUCUAUGGAGGCCCAACAGAGUAAUGAAAUCGUUUUUGAUCUUCUACUUUCUCAAGCCUGGAAUUGCACUCCUAUUGACACGAACAUCUAUUUCAAGAGUUGGGCAGCUGCACGAUAUUUGAGUAGCAAACGGCCUGCAAGUAUUUACACUGCAUGGGAGGCAGUCCGUGCCACAGUUUAUGAUAACACCAAUCUUAAUAUGAUGUCAUCUGUGCCCAAGUCGCGCUCUUCAGAGAUUAAAGUGGCAGUCGUAGGGGACCAAUGUAAUUGUUAG